UCGUUUCGCUUACCGGCGAUCUUUGUCAGGCUGGUAUUCCCACUCCUCCAUCAUCAAGCAGCCCGGACCACAGACCGACGGGAUCGGGCGGCAGAGCACUCCACCGCGGCGUAAAAUAUUCAGAGAAACCCCCCCCACCACCACCACUGUUCAAUUGAGGUUUUUUGUCGGGUUAUCAUGACGGGACGUUGGACCCGAUAUUCUCCGAAGAACUAGCGUCGAAAGGAUUCUUACUCACUCACACAUACAGAGACAUUUAGGAGAGAAGGAGAAAGGUCAUUUAUUCGUUGCGAUGGUGGCCUGAAUCCGGCCGGCUUCCUCUGGCUCAAGACUACGUUUCCCAUGGAGCUGUGCACUGACACACACACUGUUGUACCAUGGAGCCACCAGUCAGGGUUUUGGACCCAAAGAGCCAGUGAGACAGAAGAAGACCUGAUAUUGUGAGAUCACCCUUUCCGUCCUCACGCCCUCCGCCCGUCCCUCUUGCUCGUCUUCCUGCGGCUCGGCUUCCUGCGGAUCAUCCUCCUGUGAGGCCUCGUCUGGGCGCCUGGAGCUACUCCCUCUCCCCCCCUUCACUUCCCCAACUCCCCCCACCACCUUCCUCAACUCCUGCUGUGGAUAAAGCUUCAGCUGACCAGAGAGAUCACGGAGCCCGGCCCGCUGUGGGCCCGGUGUCGGUCCGGCCUCUGCUGCAGGAUGGCAGGUCUGCGGUUCUGUUUGGCUCUGACGGCCGCCGCUCUGCUGCUGAGCCGCUGGACUGACGCUGCGGGUCAGAACCCGGACCACGUCCUGCAGGGCACCGGGGUCAAACCCGAGGCCCGCCGGCCCGGCGAGGACUCCACCAUCGCCCCCGAGGACGCCGCGCGCUUCCUCAGCUGCCACUGCUCCGGACACUGCCCCGAGGACGCCACCAACAACACCUGCCAGACCAACGGUCAGUGUUUCGCCAUCAUCGAGGAAGAUGAGCACGGCGAGGCCGUCCUCACCUCCGGCUGCAUGAAGUAUGAAGGAUCACACUUCCAGUGCAAGGACUCUCCCAACGCUCAGACCAGGCGGACCAUCGAGUGCUGCAACACCGACUUCUGCAACAGGGACCUGCAGCCCACCCUCCCCCCUCAGCCUCCGCCCGAUGCCAGCCCUCACUGGCUGGCCUUCCUCAUCUCCAUGACGGUGUGCUGCUGCGCCCUGAUCUGUGUCACCGUGGUCUGUUACUACAGGUAUAAGUGGCAGAGUGAGCGGCGGCGAUACCACAAGGAUCUGGAGCAGGAGGUCUUCAUCCCCAGCGGAGAGUCCCUCAAAGACCUCAUCCACCAAUCACAGAGUUCCGGCAGCGGCUCCGGGCUCCCCCUGCUGGUGCAACGGACCAUCGCCAAGCAGAUCCAGAUGGUGCGUCAGAUCGGCAAGGGGCGGUACGGCGAGGUGUGGCUCGGCCGCUGGAGGGGAGAGAAGGUGGCCGUCAAGGUCUUCUUCACACGGGAGGAAGCCAGCUGGUUCAGAGAGACGGAGAUCUACCAGACGGUCCUGAUGAGACACGAGAACAUCCUCGGCUUCAUCGCGGCCGACAUUAAAGGCACCGGCGCCUUCACGCAGCUCUUCCUCAUCACCGACUACCACGAGAACGGCUCGCUGUACGACUUCCUGAAGCUGACCACGCUGGACACGCCGACCCUGCUGCGACUGGCGUACUCCGCCGCCUGCGGCCUCUGCCACCUGCACACCGAGAUCUACGGCACGCAGGGGAAGCCGGCCAUCGCCCACCGCGACCUCAAGAGCAAGAACAUCCUGAUCAAGAAGAACGGCGCCUGCUGCAUCGCCGACCUCGGCCUCGCCGUCAAGUUCAACAGCGACACUAACGAGGUGGACGUCCCCCUGAGCACCCGCGUCGGGACGAGGCGCUACAUGGCUCCCGAGGUCCUGGACGAGAGCCUCAACAAGAACCACUUCCAGGCCUACAUCAUGGCCGACAUGUACAGCUACGGCCUCGUCAUCUGGGAGAUGGCCCGGCGCUGCGUCUCCGGAGGUAUCGUGGAGGACUACCAGCUGCCGUACUACGAGAUGGUUCCCUCCGACCCGUCCUACGAGGACAUGCUGGAGGUGGUUUGUGUCAAAGGACUGAGGCCGACGGUGUCCAACCGCUGGAACAGUGACGAGUGCCUUCGAGCCAUGCUGAAGCUGAUGUCGGAGUGCUGGGCUCAUAACCCCGCCUCUCGCCUUACCACCCUCAGGGUGAAGAAGACUCUCGCCAAGAUGGUGGAGUCCCAGGACAUCAAGAUCUGACCGCCCCCCCCUCCUCUUCGUCCCGCCCUGACCUGCACCUGCUCGGUGCAUCCCCUCUUCAUCGGGAGGAGGGGUUAGGAGAUAAUAAUGGACCCACGUCAGGGCUGAACUGUGCGCCUCCUCCUCCUCCUCCUCCUAUCUUCAAUCUGUCUGGAAACAAACAUGGAGUCCUUCCCUCCUCCUCCUCUUCCUCUCCGCCAGGUUUGACGCUUUCUGUGAAAGCCAAACGAGGCGAUAAAGAUAAUUUUGACAGAGGGAAGAGAAGGGGGCCUUUUAACUGCUCGUUGUGAAUGAACACAAUUGCUUUCUUUUCUUCAUUUUUUUUAAGGGCCCCUUCCUCCACUUUUGCCCGAUUCAAAAUGCUUAAAAAUGCCAAUUUUAAUUUUGUUACUUUCUCUUCAGGACCGAGUUCUCCUGCCAUGUUGAAAUAUAUCUCCACUCUAAAAAGUAGAGUUAAUUAUAAAGAAAAGGUACUAUUAUAAUAUGUGAAUUGUAUUGUGUAAAUAAAUGUUACCAGUCAAGAGGGGAUUUAAAAAACGCCAGAGCGCUACGCUGCCGUGGUGUUGACGUCCAGCCGACUCCAGGAGACGAAGAUGGAGUCCCCCGCAGAGACGUCUGCCGUCCGUCCACUUCUUGUCCGUCUGAAGAGGCCGAGCCGUCACGCUUUUUUUUUUUUUCUCUCGAAAGAAUCUGAUUGGUUGAGUGGUACCUUUUAGCGAGUGGAGCCCAAAGGACCAGAAGAGGCUAAGUCCCUCCCCUUCCGGCGCCUGACACGGGACUUUUAUUUGCUAAUAAUGGAACCAAGGUGACCAACAACUGCAUUCAGUACAAGUGAAUAAAUGUAACUUUUUGGAUCGUCUUUAAUGGCUCCCGAGACCUUUUUAAUCAAAGCCCAGAACUGCUCAUUUGAUAAAUGAUUCAGGGAAGUUGUGCUCAAUGACGGCUGGUUUGAACACUUCAUCAUUUUGCAACCAUAUAAUAGGGACUUAUUUGGUUUCUUUCAGUCAUUGAAGAAAAAGAAAACUGUUUUACACCAGAAUAUGGAAACCUUAAUCACGACUUUAGAUUCUGAGGGAUGAAUACAUCGAUUUGACAGUUUUAUACCUGUUCAUUUUUUAUUUAGUGAAGACGUUAUUGGAUUAUUUGUCAUACUUCAGACAUUUAAUAAAUUAGGAAUAAAUUUUAAAUGUGAAAAAUAAAAGCAACAUAUCGCGGGUAUUUGAGUAAAACCAAAUGUCUUUGGCUUCUCCCACUGAUUUUUCUUCUGACGCAAGAUGGAUUUCCUUAUUUCACAGUAAAAUAAUGACGUAAUUUGCAUUUGAGGACAAAACUAAUAUAUAGGAAACCAGUUAAAGGAUCUAGCUUAGCACAAACGAUGGAAACUGUUAGCUAAGCUCCAUGAACAGAAAAUGCAUUAAACGUUUUGGAUUUUUUUUUAACUGGUGUAACAAAUGAUGCAUUUAAGCUUCUAUGCUUAACACACACUGGGCCUUGUACUGGAUGCAGAUUGACCUGUCCCCUCUUAAUAUGCAAGACAACUCCCAUAUAGGAAUAAUCUAUGUACGUUUGUUUUGGUGCCUUGACUUUACUAAGGAAGUGGAAAAACUGUCCAAUGUAACAAUUUAAGUAAAUAACCUUAUUUUUAGUACACAGCUGUUUGACUCGUGGAAGGUUGCAUUGUUGCUGAUGAAGUAACAAAACCAAAAAGAGCUGGUCAAAGUUACUCUACUUGCAGAAUGUAAUUCUGAACGUUUCAAAAUUUCCCCAGAUUUAUUGGGAAGUCAAAGUUUAGACAUGGCUUAAAACUCGAUGCUAAUAAAUAUUUUAAAACCAACAUUCUCAACUUGUAUGACGUUUACUCAA